GGUCCAGGAGAGUCUGUAUAUUGAGUUACAGCAGUUUGUGUGCGCGUGGGAAUGGUGUGGACUGACUAAAAGCAAGCACUGGACUUCCACUUGUGUCAGUGCCUACCUUGACACACACACACACACCCACACCCACACACACACGCCACCCUCCCUCUCACCUUCAUCCCAAGCAAGCCCUCGCCAUUGGCCAGGUCCCCUGAACCCUCAACGCCACCAGCGCAGCAGCCAGGCGCAUUUGGGAGAGCAGGAGAGAGAGGGUGGAUGAUGAAGACCUUGGUGUGCCUGGUGUUGGGACUCUGUGUCCUGAGGGCGGAGGCAGCUGGGCUCUCCAGACAUGUGCGGCAGGUGGAGCCGGACACGUAUGACUCUGCUAGCUAUGACGUAGAUCAGGAAAACUUGACCUCGGAGGGGCAGGACUUCUACAGCUACAUCGAUGAACUGCCUACUGAUGAGCUGCAGAUAGAGCUUGAUGCGCUGGCCCCCCUGGUGGACAGUUACUUAGCCUCCACCGCCUCCCUGGAGGAAGAGGAUGAGCAGCUUCCUCCCAUGCCCUUUUCCUCCAGCGGCUCCAGCGCAUCCAGCGGCUCCAGUGCACUCAGCGCACCAAUCACAUUCAGCGGCUCCGGCACACCAAUCGCAUUCAGCGGCUCCAGCGAAGCUAGCGCAUCCAGCGGCUCCAGUGCACUCGGCGGACCAAUCACAUUCAGCGGCUCUGGCAUACCAAUCACAUUCAGCGGCUCCAGCGCACAAAUCGCAUUUAGCGGCUCCAGCGAAGCUAGCGCAUCCAGCGGCUCCAGUGCACUCGGCGGACCAAUCAUAUUCAGCGGCUCCAGCGCCUCCGGAGAAUCUGGGGACCUGAUGGGCCCUGACACUCAGGACGGUCUGCCAACCUGUCUGCUCUGUACCUGCCUGGGGGGGUCUGUGUAUUGUGAUGACAUGAAGCUGAAGAGCGUGCCCCCCCUCCCCAAAGAAACCACUCACUUCUACGCUCGCUACAACAAGAUAACCAAGAUCAACAAAUCCGACUUUGCUCAUAUGAACAACCUGAAGAGGAUUGAUCUGACUAAUAACCAGAUCUCGGUGAUUGAUGAGGAUGCCCUCUUCGGCCUGCCCGCCCUGGAAGAGCUCUUGGUGAGGGAGAACAGCCUGGCACAGCUGCCCGCUCUCCCUGCCGCCAUGAACCUCAUCGACGCCAGCCACAACCGUCUGGGCAGCAAGGGCAUCCAGAACGAGGCCUUCAAGGACAUGCAAAACCUGAUGUAUCUCUACCUGACUGACAAUGACAUCACCUACAUCCCUGUGCCACUACCGGACAGUCUGCGUUCACUGCAUCUACAGAACAACAACAUCCAGAUGAUGCACGAGGACACUUUCUGCAACAUGAAAGAUUUUAAUUACAUUCGCAAUGGCCUGGAGGACAUCAGACUGGAUGGCAAUCCCAUCAACCUUAGCAAGACUCCACAGGCCUACAUCUGCCUGCCUCGUGUUCCUAUAGGCAACCUAAUUUAAGCACACACACACACACGCACGCACAAACACACACACAUGCCCACACACCUACACACACCCAUGCCCCC